AUGGUGGGAGGAAAUGUUGAGAAGGGACAGCGAUAUAUCGCGUCCUUGGAUCAAGCACGAGCCCAGGGUAAUUGGGAAGAGGUCCCCGAAUUGAUUCGAAAGGUCACAAAACACGCACCGCAAAGAACCUGUUUGAUCCAGACCGCCACGGCCGAAUCUAGAGUCGUUGAAUAUCUUCAAAAGAAGAGCAAUGCUGAAUCAUCAUCACCUCCUGAUCUCUCAGGCCUGAUCCCCACUUUAUUGACGACAAUUGAAACCAACGAUGGAACCCCGCAGGAGAUACUCCAAACGCAGGUCUGCUUGGGCCAGAUACAUUGGACUUUGAACGAGCCUGGACUUGCAGCAGGACGUCUACCAAAGAACUUUACAUCAACUGUGGAGGCUCUGUUGUCGACCGAACAUCAGGGCCUAUCUGCAUGGACCGAGGUGUGCUUGAUGAAGGGAUGCUACAUAAAAGCAUGUGCGCAGGCUACGGGCACCACAAUUGGAGAGACAUUGGAGACCUUUGCCUCCCUAGCAGCAUGGCUAGAGAGCGGACAGCUCACCGCAAGUUCCAACUCCCAGUUCUUGAGCUGGGCUGAGAUGCUGCUCGGCAAAGGCGCCACAAUGGCCAGCGAAGAAGCACGCAAGGUUUCACCCUACUCUGAUCCCCGGUAUGUGGAAAUUGCUCUGCGAUUGUUUCGUUUGUGGUCUGUGCACCCAUCUGUGAAGCAAGGGCUGCCUUCUCCUAAGGUUGCUUAUGCCGACGAAUCUGACCAACCAUCGCGCACUUCCAUCUGGAAAACAUACUAUGCAUUCCUGACAUUAGUCCUGCAAGAUGGACUGCUCUAUGUACCUCCCCUUGACGGGCCAGAACGCCCGCAAUUUGCCAGUGAACUUCGUCGUAUUGAAGGUAUUUGCGAGGGCAAUCUCCUCCGAGAAGCCAAGUUCCCCGCUGCUCAUUCCGAUAACUUUCCUGUUGAGAAAUGGGUGGAGCAGGUCAUCGGUAACUGGGAGGUCCUUUGUGGCCCGCGUUGGCAAGACCAGGAUCUUGGCGAAGGAGGCCAAAUUUCCGUUGGGCGCAAUGUUCUAGAUAUUCUUUAUCGCGCCGCAACCAAGACAUACCACUCGCCCCUCAUUCUGCGUCGUUUAUUCCAUGUUCACUCAUCCCUGGCGGACUUUGAUCUUGCUGUUCAAGCCCUUAAUUCUUACGUCGAGAUUGUGGUCUCCGCUAAGGAUAGGGCUGAGAGUGGGGCCGAAUAUGGAGAGUUGGAGAAGGAUGAAAUUCUGCUCAAGACUCUUGCCGAAGGUAUAACUCUGUUGGCAUGUCUUGGUUCAUUAGAAGAAGCAGAAAAGGCCAAAGAAUUGACGGAACUGCUCAAAAAAUACAUCGACAAGCAAUUCAAUGCUUUAGCGGACGACCAGGUAGUGCUUUCACAAGAUGCUUCACCGGCUGCGUCACCAAUCAUACCGCCUGACGUUUUGGCCGCUGCUUACCGCGCAGUUGGAGUUGGCCUUGCUAACUGGGCGAGCUACACUCCUCUGAAUGAAGCACGAGAUGAAAUUCGAGUGGAAGCCAUUGAAUAUCUGGAAAAGAGUCUUGUCCCCGAGCUGAGUAACGAGUUGAGCUACGCCUCUCUAUAUACUCUUUCUCUCACUCUUGCCGAAAAUCGGGAUCUAGAUACUGCGAUUAACUAUAUCAAGUCCGCACUGACCUCGCACCAGUCAUCUGGUGUUUCAGAAGAUCUGCCUAUAGAACGGGAUCUUGUGCCUUGUUGGCAUCUACUGGCGUUGUUAUUAAGCGCAAAGCAGGAAUUUGAUAUUGCAGAGAGGUCAUGCGAGGCAGCAUUCGAACAAUUUCCUCCAGAAUUAUUUUCAAAGAACUCCCGCGAGAAACGCUUGUCGAGACAUGGUCCAACUGGGACUAAGCGUCCGCUGGUCGGUCAACUCCAAGGUCGGGAGAAGGAGCGCAUUGUUGAGACUCGUAUCACGCAACUUGCUUUUGUUGAAGUUCUCGAAGGUCCUGAAGCUGCUGUCAACCAAAGUGGGCAGUUGUUGAGUUUGUUUGCCUCGUUGUUUCAAGACUUGAACCUUGAUCCCGAAACUGGAAACGCCUCGCAGUCAGAACACUUGGUGCCCCCGAAGAGUUCCGCAGGAACAGUAAAAACAUUCCGUGGCGGCAUAUUUAAUCGGCACAGAUUAUCCCAGCUGCCAGAUCGCCGAGCGGAUCGAUUUACUAGCGCUCAACCUUCCAUUCCGCCUGUUCCGACUAUUAAUGAUGGUGUAAAUGGCACAGAUGCACCUGCCAUCCAAGUUACAGACGAAGAUCAUCCUCAGUCAUCUUCAAUUGUGAGGUCAGACUCGAAGCGAUCAAGGAAACGCAGCAGCACCUUCUUUCGAAAUGAGAAACCUAAAGGACCGGAACCUCCGCUUCCAACCGAAGGAGCACCUCCAGAGACAGUUGGUAUUGCAAUCUCAGGAAACUCUGCUCCUAUGUGCAUCGAACAUGCUGCACAUAGUAAAGAAGCACCCCGGCCCAGUUCCCAAAAGGAGCAACUUGCCCCUUCUGGCUAUGAGAACCAGAUCCCACAGCAAGAUGAGCCAGCGUCUGUUUACCAUCGCUUCAACUCUCCUACAAACGCAAACAUCAAAGUUCCUCUAAUCCAAUCUAAGAAACAUGCCCUUGCCCUUCUUGUCAAGAUUUGGAUCGUCAUCGCUGGUCUUUAUCGUCGAGCCUCAUUAUUUGAUGAUGCUCGCGAGGCCUGUGAAGAAGCCUGGAAACAGGCUGCUCGGGUUGAAGCAUUAUCGGCUUCCGAGGAGUCCUCGGCGCGUUCACUUAGCAAACGUAGCUGGACCUCAGCGAAGAGCUCUGAAGAGCUAUGGGCGGAUGUAUUUGCCGAACAGGGACUGUUAUCUCAGGCCCAAUCGCGCCCUCAUGAGGCCAUAAGGCAUUUCGAAGAUGCGCUUUUGCGUCACUCCGAACAUCCAACAGCCACUAUUGGCCUCUCCAAUCUCCUACUCGACAUUUGGGACCAAACAAUGCCAGCUGAGCCAAAGAAUGCGGACGUAGAACUCAGCACCUCGCGUGCCUCAUUGUUGUCCGAAACUCCGAAGUUGAGAUCGGUGAAGGCCGUAUCCACUGAAGAAAUGAAGAUUCCUGAUGUCGCAGAAACCCUGCUGCCAGUCGAGGCAUCUGUGUCUCCACACGAUGUCGACCCUAAGCACCUUCAUCGUCUGGCAGCUCGGGAUCGAGCGUAUGCUCUCCUUUCUGCAUUGACCAAACUCGGUAGCUCAUGGGAUAAUUCUGAAGGGUGGUAUGCCCUCUCUCGCGCCUAUGAAGCAGGUGAACAGGUGGAAAAGCUGAAAGAGGUUCUGUGGUGGUGCAUCGAACUCGAGGAUAGUCGGCCGAUUCGGAAUUGGUCGAACAUUGGAUCGGGACUCUAUGUGCUGUGA